CUCCAAGUGUAUCAAAUAUUAAAAUAAUUGAAUCAGUCUACAGUUACAUUAAAAAAGCAGAAUUAAUUGUAAGGAGCGGAGGAGGUUUAAUCAUUAAAAUCAUCAUUUAAGGGUCAAAAUGAUGCAGUCUUCUGGUGGUUGACGAUCAGGUAUAAUGUCAGGUGUUCUUGUAGCCCAUUAGCGCUGACGAGGCUUGGCCAUGUUACAUCCAAAACGUAAUCCUUUUCAGAGAAGAUGAUGACUGAGAGCCGCCAGUCAUAAGGAGGUGGAAGUGCCCUGACAUUAUUCUCCUGCCAGGUAACGCGCAUUUUUAACAAGGUGUGAAGUGUUGUGGGGAGAUCUGGUUGUAGCAGGUGUUAAUUAAUGCAGGAUUUUUCGUGGUUUGAUUGGACAGCAGGAGCUCGUUAGCUCGUCUGCUGCUCCUCUGAAGAGCAAAUCUGCCUGAAAUCUGUUUCUCCAAUCAGCAGUUGUUUUUGGGGCGCCCUUCAGCCACGAGAAAGUUGAUGGAGGAAAUAGAGAAGAAAGCAAUCAGGGACAUGGAAGUUUUGUAUGAUUUUUAGACUCAGAGAAACUGUAUAAAAUAGGGCUGCAACAAACCGUUGUUUUCCUUUGAUUACCAGGCAACAGUGAAACUGAUUUCCAAAAGCCCAGUGUGACCCCGUCACCAACGGAAACCCUAAAUAUUAAAUUCACUAUAAAGAAGGCACCUGUAAGGAUCAAACAGUUAGUAUUUUGUUUGAAUAAUUAUGAAAAUAGCUGUCAUGGCUUGCCAGUUGAUUGACCAAUCGCUGCAGUAAAGCCUUUUCUCAUGUUUGCGUUAUAGAUCGAACUUAAUAAAGCAGACUGUUGUUUGGUUCACUGAUGUUCUCAGUUUUGUUUUCAGUGACCCGACUAGUGAAAAACCUUUCCUGAGGCCGUCUAAUGAAGGCUCAGAAUACUGCAGCGUUGCAUCAGUUCCUUCAGCUCAGGUCACCAAGUCAAAACACGCUACAUGUCAUGUGAUCCCUGCCCUGCAGCGACGGUGAGGUGAAGAUGGUGGACCGGCUUGCGAACAGCGAGGCCAACUCCAAGCGGAUCGCGGUGGUGGAGGGCUGCUUCGGCGCAGCGGGCCAGCCUCUGGCCAUCCCCGGCCGCGUGCUGAUUGGCGAGGGCGUCCUCACCAAACUCUGCCGCAAGAAGCCCAAAGCUCGCCAGUUCUUCCUCUUCAACGACAUCCUGGUCUACGGCAACAUCGUCAUCCAGAAGAAGAAGUACAACAAGCAGCACAUCAUCCCGCUGGAGAGCGUCACCAUUGACACGGUGCCUGACGAAGGCGACCUGCGCAACGGCUGGCUCAUCAAGACACCUACCAAGUCCUUCGCCGUCUAUGCCGCCACCGCCACCGAGAAGUCCGAGUGGAUGAACCACAUAGGAAAGUGCGUGGGAGACUUGCUGCAGAAGAGCGGCAAGGCCCCGACGGGCGAGCACGCCGCCGUCUGGGUGCCCGACUCUGAGGCGACGGUGUGCAUGCGCUGCAAGAAGGUGAAGUUCACGCCGGUCAGCCGCCGCCACCACUGCAGGAAGUGCGGCUUCGUGGUUUGCGGGCCGUGCUCGGAGAAGAAGUACCUCCUGCCCAGCCAGUCAUCCAAACCCGUCCGUGUCUGUGAGUACUGCUACGUGCAGCUGACAUCAGGAGGCCUCGCGCCGCGUUCGGACUCCAUCAGCCGGCCGGGGUCAAAGUUCAACAGCAACAACCUGUCAGACGAUGACGACGAUGACGACAGCAGUGACUGAGGGACGAGCCGUCCUCCCGGCCCCUCCCCCCCACGGCGAGGAGGAAACUCUUCUGUGUUCAUGUUGUUUCUUUCUCUCCCGGAUGAUCGAAUCGUGCUCCGCCGUGAGAUGAAUUCCGCCUCUGAGGAUUAAUUCUCAAACCAAAAUAUUUCACUUUUUCCUCUACUUCAGCAGGGAUAAAUAUUUUCCAGUGAUUAAACAAUGAUGUGGAAUUAAACUGGGUGACCAGCAGCUCUGGGAAGAAGACUCUUCAUGGCCUCCACUCGGUCGGCCUCGUCUCUGUUGACUCUUAAUUAGGCUGCAGUUAUUCACUACAGAACCUGGUGCUAACGAGAAACGCCCCCCUCCCCCCUGUGUCCUCAUCUUAGAUUAACUUCUCUCAGAGCCUGCUCGCUCUCUGUUCUGCUAACUUUGUGUUCAUGAACUAAACAAGGUGAUGGUUUGUAGUUUCUGCAGGGAAAAGCGAACGUUUGGGCACAUCUCCUCCAGCCUUCAGAUGUUAAAACAAAUUCUCGAAUUCUGUGUUUUUCUGCCCUGUUUUAUGAAAUUUGUCUCCAGUAAGCCGAAGCAAAGAUCCCUUUUAUAAACGACAAAGUAUAGAUAUUAGUCAGAACCCAGCUGACCUAAUGUAGUUGCUUCUGACGAAUCAGCUUAACCUUUUCUCACAGUUUGUCCAGUUUCAAAAACAAACUCUUAACUGGGCUCUUAAGCUUUCUGCCUACGCCGUCCCGUAGUGCCUUGUAGACAACCGAGCUCAGCCUUCAGUAAGAAAAAGGUCAUCUGUUAAUGAAUCCAGGCGGCCAUCCAAACAGGGACUUCAUGAUCGGGUGACUCCGAAACACAUUACACAGAAUGGAGAGUGUGUGUGUGUGUGUGUGUGUGUGUGUGUGUGUGUGUGUGUGCGUGCGUGCACUGUAAACCGAAGAGCAGCGAGAUGAACCGCCCUGCCAACAGACAGGAAGAGUUUGGGCGUUUCCUGGAAGCUUUGAACCCGCCAUCAGCUCUCACAUUACAAUAUGUUUGUUUUAAAGCCCAGCAUUCGUUUUCGGAUUGAGCUGCUGAAGGGUACGUUUUCCACUACGUCAGGUUAACGAGCAAUAAUCCGCGGCUUCCUCUCACCUGAACCUGGUUUGUGUUUUACACACCAGAACGUCUUUUACAAGACGGCAUUGUUGUCAUUUUUAGGUGAUGUUUGGUGGGCGAAGGACCUCAGCGGAUACAGAAUCUCUUUCAUGUUAAGGUUUUUAGGAGGAGGUCGAAAAAACAUCAGAGCUGCCAAAACCAAAUCAGCUGCUUGUUUCUCCCCCGAGUCCGAAGACGAGGAGGCGAUGGCAAAGAAGCUCAGUAAGCUGGAGCUACGCUUCUCUCAGGUCGCAUGCAAACAGGAGCCAACACGCUCCUAAAGAUCAUUUUUAUUAUUAAUUAAUCACAAAUUAAUUGUUUAGCCAAUAAAAAGUAAAAAGGAGUGAAAAAAGUUGCUUCUUUUGUCCAUCCAACAGUCCAAAACUCAGGCUCUUCACGUACUGUCAGAAAUGACAAAGAAAAGCAGCGAAUCCCCACAUCGAAGACGGUGGAACCAGAGAACCACUGAAACGAUUCGGUCAUUAUCAUAAUCGUUUGGUGACUUUCCCUGCAGCCCGGAGAAGUUUAGUUCCAGCUUUGGUGGGAAAAAUGUGUCACUACUGCAACCCCAAACGUCCCAGGGAAACCAGCAAAUCCAUAGCGUUAAGUUACUGGUCAUUAUGUUCCUGUAGUGGACGAGGCCUGAACCUGGAAGACGGACAGAGAGAAGUUUGUCCAUUUUGGACGGACACUCGCACAGAUUUUGUUUGUAGCGAGAUGCAUGAAAUAUGAAAUGACAAAAUCAGGGAUGUGAUAUAGACAUGAAGACAUGCAGAGCGGUUAGGCUGACGCCUCAAUGAACAGGAAGUUUUAGGUGUUUUGGUGUCAUGUGAUCUCGUCUUGCAACACAGUCUGUGUCAUAACUUGCUCAGUAGUUGAGGCGGUUUGCUAGAAAGAACUGGUGAGGAAACCAGCGCCACAGUUUCCCUGUGCUCGUCAGAGGGCCACAGGGUGUCGCAAAACAAACGCACCCCUGUGGCCCAGCACCUGCCCGCACAAGAUAACAGGCCGUCCUUCCCUCCUUCCUUCCCGUUUCAGAAGCAGAGUUUUCCCAGUCUUCUGGUCAUGUGACCGGGUGUGAAGACCUAAGUCAUGUGAUCAGGUCACUGAACAGGAAGUGAAAAGGUUCAGAGAGCUGAGGUUUAGAAAGUCUCACAGAUGCCACCAGUUUCUCUUCUCAGUGGCUCCUCGAAGAGUUUCAUUUCUUUUUAAGGAGGCAGGAGUGACUCAACUCACACCUCACCUGUUUUCUCAUGUUUCACAACACACUCUUACAGGUUGGCGUGACUCAUUUUGGGAGCCAGAGGAUUUUAAUAACUUGGCACAUGAUUAUUUUUAAUGAGUGACUUUUAAGUUGUUGUGUUUGUGUGGCAUUAACUCUAGUUUUUCUUGGGUCUGCUCAGUUCAUGGUACCUGAGACGAGGCUCAGGACUUGGACACUACUGGGAUAGUCGGUCACGGGCUAAAGUGCAGAACACGCCGUCUGCGUCUGCGUCUGCGUUUGCGGCUGCGGCUGCGUUCACACUGCAGUUGAAAGUGACCCAGUUCUGAUUCUUGUGAUCUUUUUGCCUCGAAGACGAAUCUUUUGUGUCACACCUUGUGACUUUAUAUAAAGAUGGACGACAUGAGAGCUGCCCAAAAGCGAAGCCAAAACAUCUGGCUCGCCCCCUGGUGGCUGGCUGCAGAACUAUUCAUAAACCCUCCUCCAGAUGAUGUCACCAGAACAAGAUGGCAGCGCUCAUAUCAGGGUGUUUUGGCUUUGUCUUUGGGCGGUGGGAAGAAAUGGAGAUGCGUCGGCCAUCUUUAUAUACUUCAGCGAUGACUGUACUGAUUUAAAACAUCUGCUCCCUCAGAUGAAGGUUGAAUCAGCUGCUCAGUCGUCCACUGAAGGACAUUUUCAUGUUGGAAUGAAACUCUUCAGAGGUGCGCAGUCAUAUAAAGGUGACAGGAACAGGAAGCAUCUCGGUUCAUCUUUACCCGAUCUCAGACAGGAAACCGCUCCGCCUUCACACAGACACUCCUGUGUCAGAGCAUUAUCUUUGUCCACAGUCCGUUAUGUGCAUGUUGGACGAAGUCACAGCGGCGAGCAGCACCUCGUCUUAACUGCAACUCAAAAGCAGCAGAAGAGGGAGAAGAAAGGGAUCGUUUUAUUUUCUUUUUGAUUUUACAGAUGUAGUUUGCUGUUAAUGUUUGCGUUGCUGCAGUAAAAACAAGCGGAGCCAUUAGAGGAGAAUGCGUUAAUGAUCACUAAGCAGCUGUCCUUUAUACUCGCUGUGGCCGCGGUGCUGAUGGAGGAGCACGACGUGGGGCCUCAGGCUCGCUGUGGAUUGCACUCAACAAAGUUGGCACAUUGACUUUGGUCCAGGUGGCUUCAUGCUGUUAGAUCCACAGAGACGCUGUUGGAUGUUUUAAAAUGAAUCCUGUCGUUUAAUCCUGUUGAUUUGGGGUUUUUUUUGUACAUUUGUACAGAUGUGUUUUGGGUUUGUUUGUUUUUGUUGUACAGGAAUGAUCGGUUCUGAAAUGACGCUGUGCCCGGCCUUCCUCCUCCUGUUGCUCCUCCUGUCGGUCGCAUCUCAGCAGCAUCUGCAGCUUCUUCACACAGCAGCAUUACAUGGUAGCAGCAGUCGCAGUCCGAUAGGUUGAUUCCUGACCUACUCCUGGAAGCUGAUUUGUUAAGCAUCACCUGGUUUCCUCAGGUAGAUUCCUCCUGGAGAAAAACAGUUUCUUGGUCGAGUGAAUUCGGUUUCUGAUCGGCUUUUUGCACGAACACACAAGGCUUGGAGUUGUUCCCACAGCUGAACAUUUGACUGUUUGUUAAAAUCAGACUGUGAGCUUCUUGAGGUUCUGCUUCAGUUCUUCUGGUGGUGAACUGGAUGUGCGUGACUUUACAAGCUGCAGAUGCUGAGAUCUGGUGAGGAGGCAAAGUGACGAGGAGACGCGUUGGGACAGCUGAAGGACAGAGAGCUCGUUGUGUCCUGAUGUGGUUGUGAGAGCCGCUCACUUCCUGUCUCCAGGUUUAUUGAUGUUCUCUCUGUUGCUGUUUGGUGGGUUAAUUUUGUUGUUUUUUUUUCCUUAGUUUUUUUUUUUUUUUUGCAUUUUACUUUAAAAAGCUUCUAAAAAGGGCUUCAAUCAGAAUGUAACCCAGCAUAUCAUUGUUCUUUACUAAUUCAGAAACUUUAAGGAUAUAUUAUAUAUAAAUAAUGUAUUGCUUAAAGCUGGA